AUCAGCAUUAGGUGCUGAAUAAUCAAAUUCUAACAUAUUUGAGAGUGCAUUAGUACCUAAUCAAUAAUGGAGAGAAUACCGAAGACAGCAAAAACAACUAAGCAAAGGAAAAGCCAACUGUUUCGUUUCAUUAUUCACGGGACGAUGAGGAUUUUCAAUGUGAGGAGUGCGGCCCCUGUGGUCGUGAAUGGGGAUGUGGACCGAGCCGUUAGAAAGGAGACGGAGUUUAAUAUGAGGACCAUCAGGAUGCUUCUACUGUUCAUCACGGGCAUGUUUGUCGUGAUAGGAACUCUGAUGAUGAUGCUGGGUGUCUCGGUAUACGCGCACUAUCACAGUUUCUCCUCAUUCUUCGAGCCUGGCAUGAUCCGCAUGACGCCAUCCAUCCUGAGUGUGUUUAUUGGAGCGGUUCUGGUCAUCAUAUCCAUCUUCGGCUUCUACGGUAGUUUGAGACUCAGCACCUGCAUGGUCAAUUUGUAUGCAUUCAUCUUGAUGCUGUUGCUCAUAGUUCAGUUAGCCGUCGUGAUAGUCUCGUUCAAUGAGGCCGGAGAUCAUUUGUACAUGUAUUACAUUAACAUUCCAGUAAACAUGUACAGUGACCCUGAAGUUCAACAAGAAAUUGACAUGUUGCAAAAUACCUUGACUUGCUGUGGCAGUAGCUCGUUCACAGACUACCUAGAUGUGAUGUUCGGGCCCAAUCAACCAGUGGCGCUGGCAACUGUUUACCUCGCUGGGGAGUAUCUGACCUUGACUUUACCUGCGUCCUGCUGUUUCUCCGUCGUCGAUGGACGCUGUGACCGAGUGCCAGCAAUGGGAUGCAAAUCCGAACUGUUCAGUACUUUGGUACAUAAUUCCACGAUCAUCGGUAUCCUUGGAGUAUCUGUGAUGCUUGUGACUGUUCUCGGCAUAAUAUUUGCUCUGCUUCUGGCUCGUUGCAUCCGCAGACUGAAGAGUGCGAGAGGUUUGCUCGCAUGGAGAAUUCGAGAGAGCGUUAUUGUAGCACGAGAAGCUGAAGAGAAGCAGCAGCAACAGCAGCAGCAACAGCAACAGGAGCAGCAACAGCAACAGGAGCAGCAACAGCAACAGGAGCAGCAACAGCAACAGGAGAAGCAACAGCAACAGGAGCAGCAACAGCAACAGGAGCAGCAGACUGAGGCAAACCUAGUGCACAUCGAAUCACAGACAUCAAGCGCAGCAUAAAUUGAAAGAAGAACAAUAUUAUAUUAGGCUUAUAAGGCUAUUUUUCGCAUUUAUAUUUCACACACAUCAACAGCCUCUAAGUGGCCACUGCUGACCAAAGACCUCUUCUUCCGGAGAAGGUUUAAGCAUUAAUCGUAGCAUAUUUAGAGUAGAGACUAUCCUUUGCAAGCUUAUAGCGUUACCACCUUCUAGCACGAAUAGACUACGGUACCAAACUAUCGGACGUUAAGACAUUGAAAGUUACUCAUUUGGUAAUUAAUCCGAUUCUGGACUAAAAUGGUUAAGAAAGACUUGGAAGUACGUAAAUAUGUAUAAAUUUUAACAAUACAACAAUAACAACCGUCCUGUUUUGAGGUGAUUUACAAAAUCUGCUGUUGUACUUAAGGCUGGCGAUGUUCACUACUGCAUCUAAGUGCUUGAUUCUGGCAGGUUUGUGGUCCAUCCAAUUCGACUUCGGAUGCCACCAGUCAGACAAGAGUCAGGGAAGAUCAGUAUUACUAAAAAUCAUUUUAAGUUAACGUAUAUUUUGCUAUUUGCUGGCGGAAAACAUUUUAAAACAAAGAAGAUAAGACACGUCAAGUAGUGAAAACUGUUGUAUUAAGCGAUUUUACUUAGUAUAUUUAAUUAAAUAUUAAAAAUAUUUAUAAUAGAGGAUUAUUGGUAGAUUUUUUUGUUCUUUCUCUCUUAAUAAGUAUUUAAGGCUUAUGCAAAAGAAAUAGAACGCUCUGAAUGUUACGAAGUCUAUGCGAAUUGCGAACUAAGGAGAAGGCAUUUUCAUCGAAAAGGAAAGUUGUUGUACCUAUAAAUGAUGCUUGCAAUAGGCACAAACAGCUUUGCAAGGCUUGUUAUGUUUUAUCAAUAAUCCUCAAAGUAACUACACAUCAAUUAAUUAGGUAUGUAUAGUAGAUAUAAUAAUAAGUUAUUAGUAAUAAGUUUCCAGCUUAUUUGAACACUGUUAAUCACAAUUUUUGUGUUAUAAUAUCUAUGUAUCUGUACUGAAAAUAAAUUACUUUACAACUAGG